AUGGCCGCUCUGGAAAAAAGGGCAGCGGGUUUGGCAAUGGGUGGAGAUUUACCUCAGCCACGUAGGGGUGCGAAACGAGUCGCAAAAGUGGGAUUUAACAAAGAAUUUGCCUCUCGUCUGUUGGCACUAGAGAAGAUGACAGCCCUGAGUACAGGGGAACCUAGCUCCAGUCAUCAUCAUCAUCCUACUGCGCCUGAAGCGGAAGGAGAAGGCUAUCUGCCUGGGCCUGGGGACUGUGGACAGGUGGCUGUGGCGGUGGACUCUCCUCUGGCUGAAGGUGCCGUGUCGGGCCAUGAGAGGAGGAGGAUCCUGAUAUGUGGCCACAGCAUGGUGUUUUGGGCGGCCAAUCAAGCUAAGAACACGCCGAUUGGAUCCCAGUUGGGCCUGAGUGCUGUGGCCACAGUGGAGUGGCAGGGACGGCGGGGCCUCAGGUGGCCGGGCCUCUUGCCUCUCCUGUUUAGGGGGCGGUUGCAGCCGCCCCCGCACAUUGUGGUCAUCCACCUGGGUGGGAAUGACCUUGGCAUGGUACAGGGUAAGGCCCUGUCAGUGCAAGUAGCAGUGGACCUAGCAUACAUAAACGACCGAUGGCCUGGUGUGCUGGUUAUAUGGUCCGAGAUGCUACAACGUCGAGUUUGGCGGGAGGCUUUGAAUCCCAAGGCUAUUGAGAGGGCCCGCCAUAAGACCAACCAUGACAUCAGGAAGGCCUUGGGGCAGGGCUUGGAUUUUUCAAGCGCUCGGAGUUGGAGGACUUGCUCCGUGCUCCGGCGCUUUGCAGCACAGCAGCAGGGAGCUUGGCCGGGCCGGCUGGGCCUGCUGCGGGCUGUGCACGGCCCGGAGUUGUGGAGCCGCCGCCGUGGUAACGGCGGCGGAGUGUGUGGGGCGCCGCCGCCGCGGUAUCGGCGGCUCGGCGCGGCGCGGAUCUUUUCGGGCCCGGGGGCUUUGGUGGGCUAG